GCUUGAUGACGUUCUUGAAUUUCCGAGGCGGUGCGUUGUGUGCCUGUGUAGUGCCAAGCUUUGUCCCUCUAUUUUCGCCUGCCCUUGACACGGCCUCUUCUCCAGGACCAUCUAUCAACUCUGGCUCCAAUGGGAAAGUCUUCAAAGGACAAGCGAGACGCUUACUACAGGCUCGCAAAAGAGGAGGGGUGGCGCGCCCGCAGUGCCUACAAACUUCUCCAGCUCGAUGAAGAAUUCGGCCUGUUUGAAGGCGUUACGCGCGUGGUAGAUCUCUGCGCGGCUCCCGGCAGCUGGAGCCAAGUCCUUUCCCGUGUUUUGGUCAAAGGAGAGAAAUUCAGCCGAGCAGGGUGGGAAGAGAAGCAAAAGGAGACGAAGCAAUAUGUCCUCGGCCAUGCUUUCCAAGAGGAUCUAGCCGGAACUAAAGAAGGCGGGAACUUGAAAAGCCAAGAGGAGGAGCGAAAGACACGAGAGAGUGUCCGUAUUGUUUCAAUUGACCUACAACCCAUGAGCCCUCUUGAAGGGGUCACCACCUUACGAGCUGAUAUCACGCAUCCAUCCACCAUUCCUCUACUUCUCAAGGCAUUGGAUCCCGAUACAUUCGACCCAAAGGUCACUUCCGCCUGCCAUCCAGUUGAUCUUGUAAUUUCUGAUGGUGCGCCGGAUGUCACCGGUCUCCAUGACCUGGAUAUCUAUGUUCAGAGCCAGCUGCUCUGGGCGGCUCUUAACUUGGCCCUUUGCGUCCUGAAGCCUGGUGGGAAAUUCGUUGCAAAGAUAUUUAGAGGAAAGGAUGUAGAUCUUUUGUUUGCACAGCUCAAGAUCAUGUUCUGUACGGUGCGAGUGGCAAAGCCACGGAGCAGCAGAGCAAGUAGCGUUGAAGCUUUCGUCGUCUGUGUGGGGUUCCACCCACCACAUCGUUUCUCCGCAAGUCUGGACAACCCAUUAGGUGCCAGAGCACAACUACCCUCGGACGAACAGACUGCCAACGAAAAGACGAAGCCAUCGAGGAAGGUCAGGGAUGAUGGCGCCAUUGAGCUAGACCUUGAUUCUGACGAGGAAGACGAACACGAUGUGGAAGAAGGCAGAGGACGCUGGAUCGCCCCUUUCUUGGCCUGCGGAGACCUUUCAGCUUACGAUUCCGAUGCGACAUAUCAUCUUCCCAAAGACCGAAUUAGUCUUGAUCCAGUGCAGCCUCCAACAGCUCCUCCGUAUAAGCGCGCACUAGAGAUGAGGAAGUUGGCAGGUGGUGCAUACGGAAAGACAAAAGGCCAGGAAUGUCAGGGCCCUACUUGAAUCUCCUCCAAAAGCCACAAACCUAGGAAGUUGUUCUUGUGAGAGAACCCUCUGUACCACUUUCAAUUAUAGAGCUGUUUGUGAUGGCAAAUCUUCCAGAUAGUUCUGAUGAUUUGCGCAAAGUUCAGGACGAGUGCUCCUAUAUCGGUAUCUCAUCCUCCUGACCUCAAAAAGCCUUCACGGAGAAAUUCCUGUCCAGACUCGCCAGCCAGGAUCUCAUUCGUCAAUUGCAUCAGCCACUGUC